AUGGACCGCCACGACGACUACCAGUGGCAUGACCAAUACAACCAAGUCGCAGACCCCGGCACCAUCGACAUUCGAGACCUUCUAAGCGAAGAAUGGGAGUUCAUGACCAAGUCGGAUUUCAAUCCGGUGCCAUUGGCCCUAGAACUGAUGGAUGGCAGUUCACUGGGAAAAGACUAUGAAAUGUUCAGCAUGAUCCUUCGUAGUAUUGAAGGAGCACUCAAGGCCGUUGUUGAUGGUUCAUACCAAGGUUUCAACGCCUCGAUUGGAACUUAUGGCGGAGUCAUUGACAGUAUUACAGAUUCGCAGAGCAGAGUCAAGGAAUUGCGUAUGGAUCUCAAAAACUCUAAGGAGUCUCUGCGCUUGCGACACGCGGAUCUUGUGCAACUUUACAACAAGAGUCAGCAGUACAAGGACAUGAUUGAGAUGCUCGACGAGAUCGAGGAGUUGAAGCAAGUGCCCGAAAAACUGGAGAUUCUAAUCCGGGAGAAGCAUUUCUUGGCGGCUGUCAAGAUGUUGGUCUCGGCAUCCAAGACCGUUGCAAAGCCCGAGAUGGUUGCCGUGGGCGCAUUAUCAGACUUGACGCGAUUCUUGAACGAGCAGCUUGAAUCCAUGGCGGAGAUGCUCAUGGAGGAACUUCACAACCACCUUUACCUCAAGAGCCCAUACUGUGACAGUCGAUGGGCUACAUAUACCACUGGACAGGAAGCAUUACCCUUGGCUGAGCGCGGAUUAUUUGAUGGACUGGGCAAGGACAAGCUGGGAAACCUUUCCUCCGAUCGAUUGAAGAGAAGUGCAGGGUUCCAACCCAAAUCCAAGCCAGGAAACGAAGUCAGAUUGGACGACGAGAUGAUCACUGAGGACCUUGAAGUCAACCCAGAGGUUGAUUCGGCAUACUAUAUCGAGAUCUUGGUCGAGUCACUUGGACUUCUUGGCAAGUUCAAGGACGCCAUUGUAACUAUCUUGCAGCGGGUUCCAUUGGAGACUUAUCAGUUGAUCGACAAGACCAUCGGCGAAGUCAACGAGAGGAGGAACGCGGCUGCGUUGAAGACGAUUAACACACGGGACUCGAACUUUGACGAUGAGGACGACGAAAAGUACUUGGCGACCAAGAAUAAUGAGAACGAGAUCUUGAGGGAUCUUUUUUGGACCCUUUUCUCGAAGUUGGAGUGUGUCACACAAGGACAUAGCACUGUCUUGAUUGCUGGAGAGCGACUGUUGAGGCGCGUGGAGGGUGAUCAUGUGAAGAGAAAGGAGAUGGGUCUUGCAGGAGUCAAGAUGUACUCGUUUGCGGAGGUCUGGACGCCCAUGUUGACCGAGAUCCGGUGUUUGCUCUCGGAUUACUUGAUGGAUGCCAACCAGGGAGAUGAUGGACUGGAUAACUUCUUGGGUGGAUCUGGUCAUGAUUCUGGAUUUGAUCUUCUCCGAUCACGCAAGGCCAACCGCGACAAGAACAGGCAAUUGUUCAAGUUUACGGAUUCGAUUGGAGGAUCAUCUCUGUGCAAGGUGUACGACAAUGAAAUUGGAGUGUUUGCGACAGAACCUCUGCGCAAGGCUUUGCCACAGGUGUACGCCCAGAUGAACGAGCAGGGUCCCUCACUGGCGUUCUCGGGACUCAUCCAGGACAAGUAUGCAGAAGUUCUUGCCAACCACCCCAUUGCUGCACUCAAUCCGGACGGCAAGGGAUCUGGGUCGUCGUCCGCUCAGAACGGAAGCAACGGAGCUGCUACUGGAACUGGAACUGGCACAAACAGCAGCAGCAGCAGCAGCAAAAAGGCUGCCGCGGCGACUGCUAAUUCUGUGCCCCUGAUCCCUGGUUACUUAAAGGCAGCUCAGAACGGCGUUACAGGAUGGAAGAACCCGGCGCUGUUGAACGGAUCCUCGACGACGACGACGACCAAUAAUCAGUUGCAGACGUCCGCCAGUGGACACCAGUCGUUGGUGCGGGCGGACCCGGCCCAUAUCAGUGUGGUCAUUCGUCCUGCGGUUGCGUUUGUUGAGCGGAUUCGCGAGUCUGUUCCUUUGAGUCGGGAGGAUGGCACGGUGGUUGUGGGCGCCUUCUUUGACCAUGGUGUCAUCAAUGUCCCCAUGGGUCGCUUCUAG